AUGGCGAUCGCGACGCCGGCGCGGGACGGCGGCGGCGACGGCGACGGGACGAACGACGGCGACGGCGACGGACGCGAGACGCGCGCGCCGAAGGCGCGCGCGGCGCGACGGGAGACGCGCGCGGAUGAGGUGGUGUACGCGUGCGCGACGCGCGAGGGAGGGGUGUCGCUGACGCGGUCGACGACGCGGCGAGGCGACGCGGCGACGACGUCGACGACGACGGCGCUCGCGCGGGACGAGGGCGAUGGGGAGGCGAUGACGUCGAUCGCGAUGGAUCGAAGCGGGACGAAGGUGUUUUGCGCGAGUCGGAGCGGACGCGUCGUGCGGUUGGACGCGAUGGAGGAUGGGAGGGGGGGGACGACGAUGCGGAGGACGAAGGCGUGGUCGCCGCACAAGACGUCGCCGGUGUUGGACAUGUGCGUGGACGUCACGGGGACGCUGUUGUGCACGGGGAGCGCCGAUCGAACGGCGCGAGUGUGGGACAUCGAACGAGGGUACUGCACGCACGCGUUUCGCGGGAAGCACGGAGGGGCGGUGACGGCGACGGCGUUUCAUCCGAGCGUUAGAGAGGCGAGAGCGUUCACCGCGGCGGAGGAUGGGUCGCUCGCGAUGUGGUCGCUCACGGGCGAGGCGGGCGUCGGGAAGAAGGGUAAGAAGGCCUCAUCCGAUGGCUGCGUCGCGUUCGUGGCGAACGCGCACGUGAGUGCGGUGACGUCGAUUCGAAUCGACGUCGAAUCGAACACGUUGCUCACCGCGGGGCGGGACAAAAUAGUUCGAACGUUUGAUUUAGACACGCUCAAUCCGCGAACGACGACGGCGGUUCACGAAACGAUCGAGGAUUGCGUGAUUUUACGUCCGGAUUCAGCCAUCGUUCGCGACUGCAAGGUGAAGCCGCCGCCGGGCGGGCGCGGAGUCAUUUUCGCCGUCGUCGGCGACGGCGGACGCGUUCGAGUUUGGCGCGAGAACGCGGCGAAGCAUUCGAUCGAGUCCGCACCUCUCGUAGCGGUAAAUACGCUCACCAAAGGAGGCGAUGAUAAUGACGAAGAUUUUGAAGCCGCCGCGGGAACGUUCACGAAGUGUGCGCUCACACACGAUGGGAACCGUUUGAUUGGCGUGAGCGGCGACGCGCGUUUGUUGACGUACCAGGCCAACGCAGAGACGACGUCGUUGGAGAUUGAACGCGAAAUUGUUGCGAAUACGGAUGAAGUGAUCGACGAGCGAACGCUCGCGAGACCGCCGAGAGAAGUAGCCGUGGUCACCAACUCGCCCACGGUACGUAUGUUUGAUCCGACGACGAUGUCAUGUGUCGGAUCUUUGAACGGUCACAGCGCCGUUGUGCUCUCGGUUGAUGCCACGAUGACGACGGACGGGACAGCGCUCAUUUUGACGGGCGCAAAGGAUCACACGGUACGACUGUGGGACGCCGCCACGCGAGAGUGCAUCGCCGUCGGCGAAGGCCAUGUCGGCGCAGUUGCCGCGGUAGCGUUUCCCCCGAACUCGAAAAAUGGCGCACCGUUUGCCAUUUCGGGUGGCGUCGACCGCGUGCUUCGCGUAUGGGACAUAGAUGGAGUUCGGCGAAAUGGCGACGGCGAAUUGAACGCUACGGCGGCCACAGUGGCGCACGACAAGUCCCUCAACGGCGUUGCCGUUGCGCCGCACCUCCGCAUGGUUGCCACGUGUUCGAGCGAUAAGACGGCGAAGAUUUGGAAAAUGCCCGAUUUAGUUCCGUUGGCCACGCUACGCGGCCAUCGUCGUGGAGUUUGGGCGUGCGCGUUUUCUCCUUCGGAUCGCGUACUCGCCACCGCGGGCGGCGACAAGAUGGUGAAGAUUUGGAGCGCCGAUGACCGUGCUGGGAGCGACACCAACGGUGCUUGCUUGCGCACGCUCGAAGGUCAUACCGCAGCGGUGUUGAGCAUUAAAUUUAUGUCUCGAGGUACCCAGCUUGUCACCACGGGUGGCGACGGGCUGUUGAAUUUAUGGAACGUCACCUCUGGGUCUUGCGCCGCAUCCAUCGAUGCGCACGAAGACAAAGCUUGGGCGCUGGCCGUGGCAAGCGAUGGCGAUUGGAUCGCCACUGGGGGCACCGACGCGUCCAUGGCGCUGUGGAAGGACUCCACGUCGAGCACCACCGCCGAUGCGGCGAAGAAGCACGCCCUCGCCGUCGAACGCGAGCAAGCAUUCUUCAACGCCGAGCGCUCGGGCGAAGUCACGAAGGCGAUCGAUUUAGCGCUCAGACUCGAGCGCCCUGGUGCACUUCUUCGUGUUUUGACGAAACUUCUGGAGAGUGACUACGAAAAUGGCGACGCCAGACUCCGGAAAUGCGUCGAGCCGUUGCACGAAGACAAGCUCGCGCGAGUGCUCAAGUGCGUGCGCGAGUGGAACACAAACGGACGCACGUGCCACGUCGCGCAACACGUUCUCGCCGCCAUCUUCCGCACACACACCAUGGAGGAACUGAGCAAGGUUCCGGAGAUUUCUCAAAUCACUAGAGCGUGUCGGGCGUACACCGAGCGUCAUCGCUCGCGUCUCGAGCGUCUGUAUCGCGGAACUUUUUUAGUCGACACGCUCCUCUCGCGCACGGGCGCCUUGGUAGACGACGAAGAGUCGAUGGAAGAAGUCAGGCGCACCCACGAAACACUGGAUAACUUCGGUUUCAUGCGCGCGGAUGAUGACGCGCCGCCGCGACGUUUGCCUGCUCCGACGGCGAGCGAAGAAGACGAGCCCGCCGACGUCGCAGACGAAGAAAUGGCGGAGCCGAGCGAGGACGACGAGCCCGCCGGCGAAGGGGAAGCCGCCGAAAAAGUGCGAGAAGACGAUGUCGUCAUGGGUCCGCCGAAAAAGCUCAAGCGAUUAAACGCGAUAAAAAGACUCGCGUCCGACGUAGAGGAUCAACGCAAACUCUUGCGCGACCCGUCUCCCCGUCAUACGCGUAGCGGCAAAAAAUUGAGCGGCUGA